UCUGCCCACGCCUCUGGGGCCCUGCGCAGCCUUCAGCCCCUGAGGGAGGCCUGGCUGCAGCCACGACCUCACUACUGACUCGCUUUUCCCCCUGACCCUCGGAGAGUGCCCCACCCCCCUUCUUCACCCCCGUCUUUUCGCUGGAGGUGGAGGGAUGGUUCAUAAAAGAAAAAGUAAAGACCUCGAGUGCGAGGCGAAGAUGGAGGAAGACGCCCAGACCCCUGACUGGGACAGCGAUGAAACGGUGAUAGAGGGGUCGGUGACCGACAGCGACCUGGAGGAAGAGGAGCUGCGCUGGAGAAGGUUGAACCUUGAUCAAGAAACAUCUCAUGGAUAUGAGUUCAGUCUCCAUUCUGACACUCCUUCUCCAGAGAUUCAAGUUGGGUUCAAACUCAGAAAGGAUCCACAAAAACAACAAAGUCAAGACAAAAUGGAACAAAAUCAAGUUCUGUUACAGACUACAGAGUGUCCACAGUUCACUGUGUCAUUUUCCCAGCCUGAAUUUUCACAGAACCACCAAAACAUUCAAGGGCCUGAGGCUGAAAAUUCUGAAGUUUUGAUACACUCAGGAAAGGAACUAAAUGAAGACAGAGAGUCUCCUGAAAUUAGUCUUCUUUCAGAUACUGCUAUCACAGUGUCUGAUAAGAUUGCUGUAAACCAAAAAUUGCUAACGGAGCCAGAGAGGCUCUUAGGAGCACCAAAUACAUUUUCUAAGCCUGGAAAUGAAGUCAUAUCACCUAAAACUUUUGAAGAAACCAGGGAUGAAGAAAGCUCACUUGAAACUUUUGUGUCUGCCAUAGAAAGGUUAUUGCCAUCACCAGAAAUUACCAGGGAGGAAAGACUGUUUGAAAAAAUGAGUGAUUUUGAACCUAGAGAGUUGAUGAACACAUUGAGCAGAUCUUCAAGUUCCAUAUCAUUACCCUUGACAUGUCACGGAGAUUUACUAGAAAACACCAAUGAUGAUGCAUUACCAUAUGAGCUGUUAGCAGCUCUGAACACAUUGUCAGAAGCCCAGGAACAACCCAUCUGUCACAGAAAAUGGGGAGGCAACGUUCUCAACCCUGGAGAUAAGUAUUUAGAACUGGAUCCCAAUAUGUCUCAGACUGAUGAAGAUUGUACACAAAAAGCAGAGACUAUAGAAGACCCAGAUACAUUUGGAUUGCAAAAUAUGAUUCAUCAGCAUGUCACUACUUGUGAUCCACUGAAUGAAAAGAGAAAUUCAAAUCCAGUAGAAAAUAGCUCUGACCAGAACACCCCUUGUGUGUUAAGGCGAUCAUCUAGACUGAAAGCAAGAAGAAAUGCAGAACACACAGAUGGCAUGUAUACAGUAUUGGAAGAGAUUUUACCAAAAAUUCUUGACUGUAAGGAUCAAACCAAUAACUCUUCAGCUGAGAAUUUCAGAAUGCAUGAUCCUACUAUACUGAUUGAAGGUAAAGAAAAAAAUAAAAAUUCAUCCAGACUGAAGAGUGGAGAACUGAUCAGAAAAAACAAAAAAAUUGCAGAAAAAUAUGAAAAAAUGAAGAUGGAUAAAAUAUCUCUUUCUACCAUUAACCGGAGAAAUAUUUUUGGAGAGAAUCUGGUCUAUAGGGCUGCUCUUCAUAAUGACAGUGAUUUUGUUCGUCAUUGUAUAAAAAAAGGUGGAAAUGUUAAUCAACGAAGUUAUGCUGGUUGGACAGCACUUCAUGAAGCUAGUGUAAGAGGAUUUUAUCAGACUGCAAGUGAACUAUUAAAAGGUGGAGCAGAUGUAAAUAUCAAAGGAAUGUACCAGAUCACACCCCUACAUGAUGCUGUGAUGAAUGGACAUUAUAAGGUGGCUGAGUUACUUCUUUUGAAUGGAGCUGAUCCAUUACUUAGAAGUGAUAAUGGAAAGUGUGCUUUGGACAAGGCCAAAGAUUCACGUAUGAAGCGUCUCCUUGAGAGAUAUGUUCCUAAACAUCAAAAACAUCUUACAUCAGCUCAAAAGAAUAGCACUGAUCUGUUAGAUGUAGAGGAUACACACCAACACAAGAAACCAAAAUUCAGUUCUAAAAAUUGCGUUGAGUUCAUUUGUGAUGAACAGUCCAACAGACAGAAACCAGAACAUGUUAAAGUUGAUAAUGGAAGCAGAGAGAGUUUAUUUGUAAGUGAAGAAGAUAUAUAUGAACAUUUCCAAGAAGAUUCCAGAAAUAUAAGACUCGGUACAUCCAAGCAUAAACAAUCAACUCUUAACCAGAAAUACCCAACAGAACUCAGAAAGAACAAUCUCCGUGUCAAAGAUCCCAGCACAAAUGUAUCUACAGAUAAAGGGAGAAGAAACAUACAACAUAAAAGCACUCAGGUAGAUGAUGAAAUCCAAGAAAACAAUCCAAGAAAGAAUAGUGCUGUCUCUUCUUCCAGUUCAUCAGCAACAUAUUCUCAUGAGCAACAUAUUCUUCAAACCAUCAGUGACCUUCCAGAAGAGUCAUGUAAACCUUCUAGCUCAGCUCUGUUAAACCUGAAAAAUGGGUUAGGUAAUAAUAUUGAGAUUUGUUCAGUUUCCAAGGAGACAUGUACUCAGAGCCUGAAUUCAUCAGAUAUUGGUCAAGAAAUAAAGUUCUUGGAAUUAGGAUCCACUGACCAAACUGAAGCUAUUUUUUUCUCCGGACUUUCUUCACAUAAAGGCAUUGAAUUACCACUCAUUAAUACAGAACAGCUGCCUCACACUCACAAAGGACAACAGCAAAUUAGCCAUUAUAAAUCUUAUGAAAAUAGUAACUUAGGUCAAGAAGAUGGGAGCCUUAGUAAGAGGGAAGACUCUUUCCCAUCUUUCAUGGAGGAAAAUUUUAAUGGUGACAAUGGUGAUUGUUGUACCUCUGAGAUAACUAUAACAUCUGAGAAGAUGGUAAGUUCUACAGCUUACAAAAACCACUAUAAUCCUAAAGAGACUAUAACAAAUAGAGUUAAAAUGGAUUUUCAGCAGUUUUUACUUUUUGAAGACCAUUUUUCACAGGAAAAUGAGUUUAAAUCAGCUAGCCUAACCAAACUCCCACAACAGGAAGCUGUUAAUUUUUCUCAUUCAGAUAAUACAAUAGUUUCUGAAGAACAUGUUACAAAUUAUGAACAAUACAUGAAUGUAAUUUCUUUUGAUCACUCAAAUGGCAAUCCUGAGAAUACUUCCUUCACUUGUACAAAAACACUUUCAACACAUGAAGUUUCACCGUUGACUGGUCAUGUGCAGCUAUUCACAAGGACUCAGGAUUAUAGUCCCAGGGUACCAACUCCUUUAAUGAAUCAAGCAGACACACGUAUUGUGGAAAAGGUGAAUAAGAAAGAAAAGACUAAAAGGAAUUACACAGACAAAGGCCAAAAAACAAGUUUUUCAACUAGGUCUUUAUCCACAGUUUUUUCUCCUCAAGUAACUGAAACAGCUGAAGUUGAAAAAGGGGAACAAGACCUUUCAGAUAGCAACACCAUACAUAAUAGAGAUUUUCAUUUUACUGACAGCCUGGAUAAAAAAUUGACCAACAUCUCACAACAUAGUCAAAGAGAAGAGAAAGAAUGCUCUCUCAAACCAGAUGAGCAGUUAACUAAUAAUACCAAUGAAGAUGAAAGCACUGUGAGAAAUUGUGAGGAGAAAGAAGAAAAAAUAGAUUCAGAAAUUCACAUGCCUACUUAUAUCCAAGGACACAAAAAAAUUCAAAAUGUCAGAAAAAGACAAAAUACCUUAAAAACUACCUACAGCCAAGAAGUGAAAGCAGCUGGAAUCAAUAAGAGAAAUGCCCGAGGGGAGAGCCGGCUUCAUUCAGCUGCUAGAAGAGGAAAUUUGUCUCUGGUGAAAGUUCUAAUAGAAUCUGGAGCAGAUGUGAAUUUAAAAGAUAAUGCAGGUUGGACACCACUUCAUGAGGCAUCUAGUGAGGGAUCCAAUGAUAUAAUUAUAGAGUUGCUAAAAGCUGGUGCUAAUGUUAAUUGUGAAAAUUUAGAUGGGAUUCUGCCCUUACAUGAUGCAGUUGCAAACAAUCAUCUAAAGGCAGCUGAGAUUCUUCUACAACAUGGAGCAGACCCUAAUCAAAAAGAUCAAAACCAAAAAACUGCUUUGGAUGAAGCUGAUGAUAUAAAGAUGGAAGAGCUGCUAAAAUCUUAUGGUGCUAUAGAAACUGAUAAUAGAGAUGAGACUAAUGCUGUUGUUACUGAAAAAAUUCCUGCUGUUCGAUCAAAAAGAAAUAAGCAGUGUUUUUGUGAUGAUUGCAAAACUGUUGAUCUGUCUUCUCUUGCACGCCAAAAAAAGCCAAGAGAAAGCCAUCCUGUGCAUCAGACCAUCAGUGCCAUUCUACAAGAUGUAGAAGAAAAGCAAGAAAAUUUGCUGGAGUUUGAAAUAAGAACCCCUGAAGAUGCAGAACAAUAUAUUGAAAAGAUGUUAGAGAUAAAAGAGGUUAUGAACAGCAUACUUGCCAAACAGAAGGCAGAGAGAGAUGAUCUGGCUAAAAAAUACAGGGUAUCCAUAGAAUCAUUUAAGCAUGGAGUCCUGAGAGAACAACUGUCUAACCUGGCCACAAGACAGAAGAGUCUUCUUGUUGUUGCAAAAAAACAGAAAAAAAUAAGUCUGAAAAUUCAAAACUAUAAGAAUAUUACAUCACUAUCUGAUUUUAGUUUGAGGAAGCUGUCAUCCAGCUCCGAAAUCUCAAGUGAAAAUGCCAUUCAAGAACUUACCAGUCUGGAAAAUUCAGUGCAGCCUCAGUCGUGUUCAAUUUCUCCCAUCAGCCUUGUUCAUGGAAACAUUCAAGAAACACAGUUGACUCUGGAAAUGAGGGACAGCCAAAAUACCAGCACUCCUCUAAAUAUGGAGAUAGUGAGAAGGACGGACUUUCCUGGAAAUGAGCUGAAUUCUAAACAAGAUGUCAAUAACUGUUCCUCGGAUGGGUUAUCAAAAUCCAGAGAGUCAGUUGGUACUAAAAAGAUUAAAUUACCAUCCAAACCUGUUGCUUUCACUGCUCGAGCAGAAUGUUCACAUGACAAAAUUACAGAAACUAUAGCCAAAGAGCAUGAAUCCUGUGGUCCUUCAUCAGUAACUGGCACAUUAAAUAAUUCAGAAACUGCAAGCCUACUUGCCCAAAAUGACCAUUCAUCAACUGUUAUUUGUAAUCAGGCUUUUUCCAAUUGUGGCCGUAAAAGAAUGAACAGGAAAAAAACUUCCCAGCAACCCUCAAGGGGGACAUCAGAACACUUGGCACAUCGAAUGAUUGCUGCCUUACCUAGUGAUACUGAGCAUCAGAUCAAACCACAUUUUAAAAAGUCAGCUUUUUCUAUUUCACAUGCAAAUGACAGCCAGCGCUGCUUCUCUGGGUCAGACCCUCAGCAUACUAUUAACAAAUCUUUAAACCAUAGCACAAUACCUAAAAAGAAACGUAUGAAACGUAUGCAAAUAAAGGAUCUGAUAUUACUAGGAAGAAUUAAUCCAGGAAAUAACAUUCUGGAAUUCAAAACACAGGAAACUACCCACAAAGCCAGUAUUUUGUUGAGUGGUAAAAUUAAGGUAGAAAAUGGUCAGAUAUAUCAAAACCCAGUCACCUGGCUCAAGGAUGUCCUAGGAAGCAACAGUUGUGUGACCUGGAACUAUGCUUGGAGUAAGGUAACAUAUCUUGGGAAGGAGCUUUUAAAGUAUGUUUCUGAAGAGGAGCCCACAUCUCCAGAACUAAACUUGGCACCUCAGCAAGAUCAGCCUUGCCUUCCAGAAAUUUCUGGAGAGUCAAUGCAAAGCAUCCCACAUUAUCUACAAAUAAAUGAAAUACUAUUAAUCAGUGAUCAAGAGUUUCUCCCAUGCCAUGUCAUGGAUCAGCACUGGAAGUUCUAUGUGGAAUGUGAGGAGCUAACACUCUAAUGCCUUGUUUUCUUAAUAAUUUAUUAAGAUGUUCAUAUUAUUAGCCAACAUCCAUAUUUUAUCUUGUGUGGUCUGAUAGACCUAUUUGAUCACAGACUAUGGAUUCCUACUUGUGAGGUGUGUUUAUUUUAUGAAAAAAGUGUAACUCUUCAACUCUUAUAUUAAUACUUUUGGCAUUGAAAUAAAGGCAUUUUUGAA